AUGGAUGUAUUGCAAAUUUGCAUAGAUAUCAUUGUUCGUAGCAGCUGUCUUCAGCGCCUUGUUUGUGGUGCUGAAGUGGGAUCGUCUAUUGGGAGUAGCAACCGGACGAUCUGGCCCUUGUUUUGGGCUCUUCGAAGGAUUUUGAAGAAGAAGAAGAAAAAAUUGUUUAUUGGACUGAUUGAAGUCUUCAAAGUGACUCGCCAUGGUACGCGAUAUGUGUCUUUUCUUGCGGGCAUAAUGAAGGAUUUCGGAUUCAUGGACAGAGUUCAUGGAAUGUCUCUGUGCUGUGUUAUAAUGUUGCUAAUGCAGCAGAUACAGUACCCACCUCUUAUAUCGGACUAUACGGUAUCAGGUCUAGCCGCCGUGCAACAGCGACAUCGCAUGUAUCAGAAAACAUUUUGGCAACAAACACAUUUGCCGUACUUCAAGGACUUGGAUCGAGAGGCAGAUGAACAAUUCUCAAGGAUCAAAACCGGUCUAGCCGCUUCAAUCGUUCUGCGUGAUAUUCGUCCUGCUUUCGUGUAUUACAUUCAAGAGCUGAACAAGUAA